GCUGUGCCCGGAAAACGCUUCCUUAGUGCCGUGCUGAGCUGUCUUCCCUGGUGCUGAGAGGCUCUGUGCAAAGCCAGACGUCUGCUGCAGGGUUGUGGUAUAAGGAAAUGCUAGAUCUAGUGAUAUCACCCAGCCUGACUGUAAAUAGAGAGUGCCCUGACAGACUGAAGCUUAACCUUUCUCACAUUUAUGCCACGGCUCCAGAUGACAUAGAAGGCAGCAGCAAAGCAGCACCGCAGUGUCCUCUCCAUCUGUACACCACAAAACAUUAUCCCCACAUAGUGACAGUCCCGUCCUUCCCCACGAUGGCAGCCUAUGGACAGGCUCAGUACAGCACGGGAAUCCAGCAGGCUGCUGCCUACACUGCCUAUCCCCCUCCAGGGCAGCCCUACGGGAUCCCCUCCUACAGCAUUAAGACCGAGGACAGCCUGAGCCACUCUCCAGGGCAGAGCGGCUUCCUCAGCUACGGCUCCGGCUUCAGCGCGCCCGCGGCGGGGCAGGCGCCCUACACCUACCAGAUGCACGGCACAACAGGGAUUUACCAGGGAGCCAACGGCCUGACAAAUUCUGCAGGAUUCAGUGCUGUGCAUCAGGAAUACUCCUCGUACCCCAGCUUCCCUCAGAGCCAGUACUCUCAGUAUUACAGCUCGUCCUACAACUCCCCGUACGUGUCUGCCAACAGCAUCAGCCCCUCGGCCAUCCCCACCUCCACCUACUCCCUGCAGGAGCCCUCCCACAACAUCACCAGCCAGAGCACAGAAUCUCUCUCUGGGGAAUAUUCAACAACACCAGCAAAAGAUGUAGAGACAGACAGACAUCACAGAGGGUCAGAUGGCAAGCGUGUGUUUGUGUGGGAUUUGGAUGAGACGAUAAUUAUUUUUCACUCCUUACUCACGGGAACCUUUGCAUCCAGAUAUGGGAAGGACACCACAACCUCUGUGAGGAUAGGUCUCAUGAUGGAAGAAAUGAUCUUCAACCUUGCAGAUACACAUCUGUUCUUCAAUGACCUGGAGGACUGUGACCAGAUCCACAUAGAUGAUGUCUCAUCAGAUGAUAAUGGUCAGGAUCUAAGCACGUACAACUUCUCUGCAGAUGGCUUCCACAGCUCCAGUGCCAGCGCCAGCCUGUGCCUGGGCUCGGGUGUGCACGGCGGCGUGGACUGGAUGCGGAAAUUGGCGUUCCGCUACCGCCGGGUCAAAGAGAUGUACAACACCUACAAGAACAACGUGGGGGGUUUGAUAGGAGCUCCUAAGAGGGAGACCUGGCUGCAGCUGAGAGCAGAGCUGGAGGCUCUGACUGAUCUCUGGCUCACCCAUGCUCUGAAGGCCCUGAAUUUGAUACAUUCCAGGCCCAACUGUGUGAAUGUGUUGGUCACCACAACUCAGCUGAUACCAGCUCUGGCUAAAGUGCUUCUCUAUGGGCUGGGCACUGUCUUCCCCAUUGAAAACAUUUACAGUGCAACAAAAACAGGGAAAGAGAGCUGUUUUGAAAGAAUAAUGCAGAGGUUUGGAAGGAAAGCCGUGUACAUUGUAAUAGGAGAUGGUGUUGAAGAGGAACAGGGAGCAAAAAAGCACAACAUGCCCUUCUGGAGGAUCUCCUGUCACGCUGACCUGGAAGCUCUUCGGCACGCCUUGGAACUUGAAUAUUUGUAGCAGACCCCAACAUCUGACACUGGGAGGGCUUCACUCAGACUCUGACAUCGGUUCCAGCUAUUCCUCAAUAUUUUUUAGUAAAAAAAAAUCCCACAGCAACUGCAGAUUUUCUUUGUUUUUGAAGGAGAACCCUUUGAGUGGAAGCCUUUAAGAACUUGCAGCCAAAGAAUAUUGUCCUCCUUCCUUUGGACAGAGGAAAAUGCUCCCGAUCAGUCCCUGGGAUGCUGCAGUUGCUGGCUGAGGUGGAGGCACAAGAGCUCCAAUGGCCUUUUUGCCAUCAGCAAGGCAAAUGCUACGAGUCUGGGUCUCCCUGUCAGCAUCCUUGGUUUUCAGAGGGGAAGAAGGCACAGCAAGGAGUCUCUGCACAAUCCAUCACAUCACACAGGACCUUCUGAAAAUAGGAGUGAAACUGUUGAUUUUUUUUCUUUUGGUUGUGUCUUUUUUUGUAUUUUUUUAAUUUAUGAACUAAUCUCAUUACUCUGGUAUUAAGCUCUGUACCUGUUUUUCAUCUGGCUUUUGGGGGUUGGGAGGGGUGGGGAAAGUCUUACUGUUCUAAAUUAAUAGUUCAUUUCUCCAGAACAAACUCUGGGGAGAAUCAUAUUGUGUACAUGAGUAGUAAGGACACAUGGUACUGCUGGUAAGAACUGUGGCUGUGGUUUUGAACCUCACCAGGAGGGUACAUGGACUGUGCCUGUGCCUACACGGUGCCUUAUGCUGCCUUCUUGGGGCUGAGGAGGGGGGAAAGUACCUUGUGAUGAGUGAAAGGCAUUAAAUAAAAACAUGUUUACAUUUUGGGGGACUGGAGUACCUGCCUUCUCUCCCAGCACGCUUGGAUCUAAAGGUGGAAUGUGUGCUCCAUGUUUCAAGGCUGGCCUGGUAUUGUUGCUGUCAGAAUAUUUAAAUUCUCUGGGCCUGGGUGGAUCCCUUAGUUUGAAAAUGGCUGAUUGUUCCUUGCUGUGGCACCAGGUAAGGUCAGAAGGAGCAAAGGCUCUCUGGAAGGAGGGGUCAGAGAUGCAGGAAAUGCUGCAGCCCUCACCUCUCAAAGGGUUACACAAACCUGAGGGAUACUCCUGAGCUCUAAAAACAUUUAGGGAAAACAGUGCUGGAUCUGAGAGGGGAUUUUCUGCCAAGAUAAAGGAGAAAAUCUGAAAUUAAUCCAAGGCAGCAGCCACACAGCAGCUGUGACACAUCAGCCUCUCAGUACACACUGUGGGGCAUUUGCAAAGAGCUGCUCUCUGGGCUCAGCACAACUCCAUGCAAAAUGUCACUUUUCUAGCACAGGCAUUGCAGGUCUCAGGGCUGGCUGAGAACUUUUUCCUCAAGGUUUCCCUGCUGUAGGAAUGGUUUCCUUCACUUGUGAUAUAACUUCCGAUUUGUGUCAAAGUCAGUGGAGAAUUGACUGAUGUUUACAGGGUAAGUGCUCUGGGAAAUAAACUUCUGAAAGAAUGCCAGGGAUUGCAGAUUCCCAGAGCACAACUUCAGCUUUUAAGACCCCAUUCAUCAGCUAAGUGAUCUUCCUUGAAAUUCCAAAUUUAACACCUGAAUUAAUCACUGACUCUGGGUUUUUUCUUAAGGAGUCUUGGAAGGUUUUGCUUUCAGAAUAUAUUUAAAGGUUUGAAAGCUCUUGGUUUGGUUAUUCUUAGCAGAGCUUUGGGUGGGACACACCAAGGGUCAGGAACACAUCUGUCACACAGGUGUCACCACUUCCAGUCACUGUGCCACAUUCAUCUCUCAGAGUAUCAGCAUUUACUGUUCCAGGGAAUUUAUCAUGGACAGAAGAGCAGACCUACAGCAGUUUUGCACUUAGGAACAGCCAGGAGGCCUGGGAACAUGCACAAACACAUGAACAGGUCUUGCCCAGUUCCUUCACCUGUAGUUUUAUCUAUUUCUACAUACUUUACUAGGAUUAAGUCACCUGUUAUUUAGAGGAGGAAAGAAAACAUUAUCUUCUGUAGAAAAAAACAAUACUCAUUAAUUAAAAAAAAACCCUCCACAGGCUGGAAUAGGUGUCAGAAGCAGUGGGGUUUCCUACAACAACUUGUACAUCACUUUCUUUUUCCUCUAACACAAGGCCUCGUUUCAGCAUCCAAGUUCCAUGGGGAAGGCCAAACCUCAUUUCAGGCUUUCAAGUUUUGUGCUUUUCUGUAAACACUAGCACUGGGAACACGAACUGUGGCUGCUUUACAAAUGCCCAGAACAAGGUAACUGCAGGGGCAGGAACUUCAGACAAUAUUCAUAGCUUUUACAAUGCUGCAUAAGCUCCCUGUUUCUUUUAACUUGUAAUUAUGACACACAUAGAGAAGUCUUGUCCAAUUCAUGCCCUUCUUGAGGGGCUGCAGUUGCACUCAGAGGCCCCAUUUCUACCCACAAAUACCCCUAACACUGACAUGUAUCUGUCCAACCCCAAUCCAACCACUGAAUAAAUAAUACACAACAUAAAUUGGACAGGCCUGGAUCCAAAAGUCCCACACUUCUGAGACAGAAGAUGCCAACAUAGGUGGAAUCACCUGUGAUCUGGAGACUGUGCAGAAAUAAACAUUCCUCCAGAUUGAUCAAAACUGGAAAUCCAGGAACACAGAACAUUUUUCUAAAACAGUUUAAUAAAAUAAUUGUGACGUUUCUUGAAAAAUUGGAGAAACCCAAAGCAUAUUGUGUGUAUCACCUGUCUUAGUCACAAAGAAACACAAUUGUCAAAAAAGAUAUUUAAGUUUAAUACAAAUUUUAUACAAAGAAAAUGUGAAAAAAUACUUCCAUAUGCUAAAAGCAAUUAUGCUUCACAAAUAAGGCCAGCUAGGCUAGUUUUGACACAACUGCAAUUAAUGAAUAUUCUGUUCUCACUUUUUUUUUUUAUUCUAAUACUUUUUUUUCCCUCUAAUCUGGGUACUAGCUGGAGACUGUACAAACCGCAUUCUUAUAUAAACAAUGGGAGAAAUCAACAUGACUAAAA